AUGAGCGUGGAUGCACUGGGAAGCCCCGUGAUGGACCCUACGUUUUCCAAACGGAACACGGCGCUGAGAUUAGUUGACUUGGCAGGGGCUCACCACCAUCACCAUCAUCACCACCAUACCCCUCAGAGCGUGACAGGCUUCCCGGGGUUCAGCAGCCAUCCACACUCAAUGGCUCACUCGCACCCUGGGGAGAUUACUGCGGAACCCCGCCUGGGGCCGAGUCCAUUCGGGCCAGAACACAUGGGGCACUCCGCGGCCCUCAAAAUCAGCCCAGCCCAUCAUUAUCCCCACCACCAUCACCACCACCACAAUCAUCAUAUGGCAGGCCACAGUGAAGUGGUCUCCAGUCAAACGGGAGCUUUUGGCCCGGUUCAGGCGACAUCGGUGCCCUAUCCCAUGUCUCACCACCCGGCCCAGGCUCUAUCCGCAGGCAGGGACUUCCUCAUCCGGAGAGAUCUGACAGCUCAAGCCAUGCCCGUGCUGACCGACCAGUCUGCCGGUUCAGCCUCUCACCACGGAAUGUUUGUCUCAACAACAGGUAGCUAUCCCGGACACUAUGGUCACCACCCUGACGCUGGGAACCUCUUCUCCGGACUCCAUCACGACCAGUCUUCUAGCGGAUCCCCGGGUGGCCAAGCGUUGAAUGGACAAAUAAGGUUAGGACUACCUGGAGAAAUGUACGUUAGAUCUGAUCACUUGAGUCAAGUGACAAGCUCCAGGGCUGAUCCGUUCUCCGCCUCGCCGAUGCAUGGCUACGGUGGUCUGAAUCUGAACAUGAAUCUGAGCGCGCACCACCACCACCACCACGGAGCCGGAGCCUUCUUCCGUUACAUGAGGCAGCCGAUCAAGCAGGAGCUCAUCUGCAAGUGGCUGGAGCCGGAGAUCUCGCCGAAGAAACUUUGCUCCCAAACUUACAGCACCAUGCACGAGCUGGUAACGCACGUGACGAUGGAGCACGUCGGAGGACCGGAGCAGGCGAACCAUAUCUGUUUUUGGGAAGAGUGUCCGAGGGAAGGCAAGCCUUUUAAAGCCAAGUACAAACUUGUAAAUCACAUCCGAGUGCACACCGGGGAGAAACCGUUUCCAUGCCCCUUCCCUGGCUGUGGGAAAGUGUUUGCCAGAUCGGAGAACCUUAAGAUCCACAAAAGGACGCACACAGGUGAGAAGCCCUUCAAGUGUGAGUUUGAGGGCUGCGACCGACGCUUCGCGAACAGCAGUGACCGGAAGAAGCACUCGCACGUGCACACCAGCGAUAAGCCUUACAACUGCAAAGUGCGAGGCUGCGAUAAAUCCUACACACACCCCAGCUCCCUGCGGAAACACAUGAAGGUGCACUGCAAGUCCCCCCCGCCCAGCUCCGGGUACGAGUCCUCCACGCCGUCCCUGGUGUCCCCCUCCUCGGACAUGGGCCGGGAGCCAGGAGCCUCCUCGGAGCCGGUGGGAGCCUCCCAGCCGGCCAAUUUAAGCGAAUGGUACGUGUGCCACAGUUCAGGUGCAAGUGGUGUCCAAACACCCCCCAGUGGAGCCUCCACACCGGACCCCUCAGAGCCACCUUACAGGAACCAAGAGCCGAGGGACGCGUUUUAAUCUGGAUUUGAACGCAUCAUUGAAGCGUUUUAAUCUGGACUUGAACGCAUCAUUGACAUUUUUAAAAGCCUCACUGUUCAAAACGGUUUGGCUCCGGUGCCUAUACGCCUCUUGGAAGAACCCCCCAACAUUUGGAAGGUGCAGACCCUAAAGACGUGCUAAUUUCCAGGCACUCUAAAAAUAUAUAUUUUGAAACUCAGCUGUUUAAAAGCUUGGCUCGGUGCCUGACGGUCCACUUGUGGAGAGUCGUGUAAAUCCCGUUAGACUGUUCAUGUGGUAUUUUUAUUAGGCUAUAGGCAUGUUGGUGUACAAUUAUUUUGUAAAUUCAAUAUGUUUUUAUUUAUUUUUCAAUCUGAUAUUGAAGGGAAUUUUUGUAUUAUCGAACCAAAGGGCAUGUUUCAAUUAGGAUGAAAAAAAUGUACAUUUGUAAAUUUUGUAAGUUUCGAUGUGUUGGUGUUUGCAGUUAUUUGUACAAAACGUUUUUAUGUUUAUUUUCCCCAUGUGUGCAGAAGGGUCAACAAUUUGAACUGUUUCCUACGCCUGCAGUAUUUGAUAUACGACCGUGAAAUUAUAAAUGUUUUAUCAAAGUGGGCAUUUUGUGAUUUUGUAUCAUUGUCGUCAAUAUAUAUAUAUUUUUCUUUUUUUUUGAAUAUCUGAAAACGAACGGCACUCAAACGCGUACCGAAUUGCCUUGUAAUUUGUGAGUAUUUUGAAUAAAUCUUGUAUGACUAAAGUGAAAA